AUGAACCAAAUUUUUAAACAAGUAUGUUUUAAUAACAUAAAAAGAUUCAACAAAAUUACAAACAAUAAAAAUAAAUUUUCAAAUGGAAUAAUAUAUAGACAAUUUUCAUCAAGUAGCAAUGAUAAUAAAGUUACAUUUACAUUUAUAAAUAAAGAUGGAUCAAAAACCAAAGUUACAGAAGAAGUUGGUAAAAAUAUAUUGGAAGCAGCACAUGACAAUGAUGUUGAUUUAGAAGGAGCUUGUGAAUGUUCAUGUGCAUGUUCAACAUGUCACGUUUAUUUAGAACCAAAAAUUUAUAAUAUUUUACCUGAACCAACUGAUGAAGAGAAUGAUAUGUUGGAUUUAGCUUUUCAACUCAAAGAAAACUCUAGAUUAGGUUGUCAAAUUAAACUAACUAAAGAAUUAGAAGGUAUGGAGGUAACAUUACCAAGUGCAUCAAGAAAUAUGACAGUUGAUGGUUAUAAACCACCAAAACAUUAA